CUGGGAAAAACUUGACUUAUCUACAUUCUAGAAUAGAGCCUAUCUUAUACUUAUAGAAUCUAGAUCUUAUAGAUCUAUCUAUAGAUCUAGUUGUAUAUAGUUAUUAGAUCUAGAUCUAUACACAAGAUUGUUUAUCCUGCACUACUAAGCGACACGUUAUUUAGAUCCAGAUCUACUACAGUACUCAGCACAUACUCCUAAGUUAGGAAAUGUGAGUUGAGUGAGAAAUGUGCAACAACAAUGAGAGGUUGUAACAACUAAAAGUAAAAAAGAAACAGUAAAGACAUUGACUUUGAAAAAUGGCUGAUUCUCCAGACUGGAGAGAAUUUCUUGAUCCUUCUCAUUAUGAUGUACCCUUACAUGCCUUGAAAUAUACAGCCUGUCGAAAGCUGGCAAAUUAUUUGGAUGCUGAUGCGAUGGUGCGCGAUGAUUUUGUUCCUAAUUUUGGAGGUCUUGCUGAACUGAUAUCAUUCGAUGGAUUAGAGAUAAUGGCUUUCGAAAGAGCAGACAGCCCUACACUGAAGUUGAUUGAAGACUGGAGAAACCGUCCUGAUUUAAAACCAACAGUUGGAAGACUUGUUGAGUUUCUUGUAAGAUUGGGCAGAGAGGAUGUCCUCACGGAUUUAAGAAAUUUGAUUGAUCGAGAUGUUUUAGAUUUUCUUAAUAGACCUGAUAGGUUCAACAGAAUUGGACCAAUACAAGAUGAAACUGUUACGCCUGGCCCUGGUAUUGAACAGACCCCUGUUUUUAUAACUAGGCAGGAUGUGAUAGAGGGUAGACAGACUAUCUACGAUGCAUUUGUUUGUUACAAUCCAUUUGGAGACUCAAGCAAGGAUUUGGAGUUUGUUCAAAAGAUGAUCGCAAGACUUGAGGGCCCAGAUUAUAAAUUUAAACUGUUUGUACCCCACAGAGAUGAUUUAGUGGGAUUAAACGAGCACAACAUCAAUGCCACCAUUAUAUCUGAGCGAUGUCGGCACAUGAUUGUGGUUUUAAGCCCCAACUUCCUGAAGAGUGAGGCGUGUGAGUUCCAAAGUACUUUUGCACAUGCUCUGUCACCAGGUGCCAGAAACAAGCGAAUUGUUCCCAUCAAGAUUGAGGAGUGUGAAAUGCCGAACAUUCUGAGAAUUAUGGCUUGCUGUGACUUCACUAAAAAAGAUUUGUGGGUCUGGUCCUGGGACAGGCUAGCAAGAUCAAUCAGCAUUCAGCUCAGCUCAGAUGACUUUCAGCUGACAAGCUCCCCAAGUCUUGAUGGGCUUUUGAGGCCCAACAGCUUUCACUUGCCUGGAGCAACACCAUCCCCAUCACCAUCUCAAGACUCAGGGUUUUCUAGUCUGCCAAUUUUCCCAUCCAACAGUAGAUCAGACUCUCCAGUGACAGCAAGGGCAGAAUUAUCAGAAUCUUCCUCUUCCAGCUCUCUGACCAUGGAGGUUGAGUCACAACCCAAGACUUCAAGUGAAAGCAGGAUCAAAAAGUUUUUUAACGUUAGAAAGCGCAAGAAGAAGGAACCUAGCUAAUUAUUUUGUUGAAUUUGCUUGUAAUUUAAAAUGUUUUUUACUGCUGGAAAGUGCAGGAAGAAAGAACCUCGCUAACUUUUUUUAAAUGCUUGUAAUUUAUUAGAAGUGUUUUUUCUUCUGGAAAAUGCAGGAAGAAAGAAACUAGCUUUUCCUUUUUAUGCCCAAAACACAUUAGGCCGCCACAGAAAGCUCCCUCCUCUUUUGUCUGCCUCUAGCAAUUUUCCAGGCAGUACUCCAAGACAGUCCUGCCUGUUUCCCCACCAUGCACCUCCACAUCUCCCUUGGCCUUCCAUUUUUUUUUCUAUGAGGGGUCCAGUUUAGCAUCAUAUAUGCGAUAUCAUUUAGAUUCAUUCUUAACGUGCUAUUUUGUUGAAUGCUUGUAAUUUUUAAAAAAAAAAUUUUUGUAAUUAAAAAGUUGCAUCAAUUUCUAAAAUAGAUACCUUUUGUGCUGUGAUAAAAGAAUUCUGUGCUGUUUGUUUUCUUUUGUUGACAUAUUUUAUUUUGUCAACAAUUGGUUAACAGAACAGAAAAAAAUAUACAUCUAUUUUGAUUGACUGUGUAACCGUAAUUGUGACGUUUUGUGAUACUUUUUUCUUUCUCUAAAAAUGCCUAUUUUACUUUAAAAUAGUUCUUGAUUGAUGAAACAAUUAACUUGUUAAAGUUUGCUAUAAACAAGAGCAGUCUUGUGAUGUUUGUGUACAUAAAUUACAAGGUCUUCACUCCUUUAAUGUAUUGUAAUUAGCGCAUCAUGUAAUGACAGUUGUACAUUUUGAAAAAAGCUCUGAGUAUUUUAUAGAAAGUUUAAAUGACGUAUUCUUGUCAGAAAAAAGUCACUUUUCAUGAGUAUUUUGAUGUAAAUGCUGGUAUUAUACUUUAAAUACUUUUAGUAUUCUUGUUUGAGUAUAUUACAUUGUAAAAGAUCACACCAUGCAUAUCUAAUCUAGAAUUAUAAUUCAUCAAAUUUUAAACUAUUUUGAAGUUAUCUAAAAUGUCUAUACACAGCUCGCUUUUUUGGUGAUGGCCUAUACAUUCAUGAAUCUCUUCAGUAAAAAAAUAUUUCCAUGUUGCGUCAUUUUUUUUAAAAACAAUAAUGGAUAAACCUUGUAAAUACACUAGAUUGAAGGAGCAAACAAACUCUUGAUCUAUCUUAACUUCUAUCAAAAGUUGAAAAGUUAUGAUUCUUAGCUCCAGUAUGAAUUUAUAUUGUUCAUAGUUUUACUGACUUUACAUUCUACUGCUGUGUAAUAUUCUGCUAAAUCAUGAACUUUUAGUUCAUUUUUAUUUACAACAAUAAGGCUAUAUACAUUUUGCUAUGCAAAGACUUUUUUGUAUAAACUGUUGAAAACUGAAAUUGCACUGCUGAUUAAUAUUAAAAUCUGUAAAAAGAA